AUGAAGACGUUCAUUCUGCUGUUACUACUUGUAACAAUCAGUUACUUCUAUGGAUGCGAAAAUCUGAAGAAUGGAAAGCGGGAAUUUGGAAAAACUUCUGUACAGGUAAGGCGGAGAAUCUUGAAUGUGGAAGACGAAACAAAACACUUACCAAGUGGAAGUUCAACAAGAGAAACAUAUCAUGAACCUCGUAAUGAAAAACAUACCAGAUUUGAAGUCAAACAUGGUAAGAUCCUAGUUUUUGACAAAGAUACAGGAGAAAAAAUAUUUGUACGCCCUGGUGAGUCAGAUGUUGCUAUUCCUGAUCCAAUUAGUGAAGAGAGAAUUUCUUUUAGGAAAAAAAAUGAUAAGCAAAAGGAUAUUGAUGCGGAAACAGGGGAGAAAGUUGUUGGACAUGAUGCGAGAACAGAGGAGAAAUUAGUUGGGCUUGAUUCUGGAACAGGAAGAACCGUUUCGAAUUCCAAGGAUGCAGACGAUGUUGGAAUGAUGAAAGGAAGAAAGAGAUUGAAGUAUCCAAUUUAUCCUGAGAAGGAAAACCGUGUCGAGUUUAUGCAAAGGAGUACAGCGGAUGAUGGGGACAGAGACAGGAAUGAAACUGGAAAAGGUAAUCGAGAUGUAGAUGUGGAUGAUGAAGAUGUAUAUGAUGAUGAAGAUGGAGAUGAUGAUGUAGAAUUAGAUGAAGAUGGAGAUGAUGAUGUAGAAUUAGAUGAAGAUGGAGAUGAUGAUGUAGAAUUAGAUGAAGAUGGAGAUGAAGAUGUAUAUGAUGAUGAAGAUGAUGAAGAUGGAGAUGAUGAUGAAAAUGGAAAUGUGAAUGAAAAAGUAGGUGGAAAGAUGGAUGAAAAGAUAAAUGAAAAGGUAGAUGAAAAGGUAGUUGGAAGUGCCGAUGAUGGAGAUGGAAAGGUAGAUAAAAAUAUAGUAGGAGAGAGAGAUAAAAAUAUAGUAGGAGAGAGAGAUAAAAAUAGAGAAGUAAGGGGGGCCCUGAAAAACACAGAAAUACCUAUAAAAAAUGGUAUUGGGAACAUUUUUAGAUAUAUAAUUGAUAAGGCUGGUUAUGGACAAGCUUUUGUGAAACUAUUAAACACGAAGGAUCACGAUGGUGAGGAGGAGGAGGAACAACCUGAAGGAAGAAGUUACGUUUCUAACUCAGAAAAAAAAAUUGCAGAGAGUGAAGCUAAGGAAGAUUUGGAAUCAAAUAGCGAAAAUUUGGUGAAUAAAAAGGAAUUACCAAAAGGAAAUAAGAGAGAUGAAAUGAUAAAAGAAUAUGUUAGCAUUUUAUUAAACAAUGGAGAAAAAAUUUUAAAGGAAAAUGUUAGUCAUUUUCUAAAAAGAAUUUUUAACUUAAUCGUUAAAGAAAAACUAAUGACUAGUAUGUGCCACAAUGGGGAAGAAACUUCCACAAAUGUGAAGUUGAAAGAAGUAAAAAAUUUUGUUGGUGCAGGUGAAAAGGAAUCAAAUUGUGACAAUGUUGGAUGUGAUAAAAGGAACAAGGAAAAUUGCCGAGAAAGUGAAAAAAGUUGCCCAGAAGAUGAAAAAAAUCACCGAGAAAGAGAAAAAAAUCACCAAGAAAGUGAAAAAAGCCAUCAAGGAAGUGAAAAAGGCCAUCAAGGGGAUAAGGAAUAUGCACCAGGAGAAAAAAGAAGCACAGAAAAAAAUGCGAGUCCCAAGAAAUGCUUCUUGUCCAAAUUGAAAGAUGCGAAAUUCUUUAAUGAAGAUGAUCUGUACAAGUAUUACAUUUCGCUGGAAGACAUGUUAAAAGAUAGGAAAAUUCAGCGGAAAAAUGACAAAGUGUCAAAAUAUUUAACAUUUCACCCAGUAGAAAAUAUAAGAGAACAUUUCGAAAACAUAGCAAAUAAUAAUAUAUUUAUAGAAUCACUUAGAAUUAUACUAUUCGAUUCGCAUAAAAAACAUGAACAAGAUGUAUAUUCCAGUUUUGUAGUGGUUAUAGAUACAUUAUUUUCCUUGAUUAAAGAACAAAAGGGAAUUAAAGAUAUGUAUACUUAUGUACAGUUAUUUUUUGAGGACUUAAAUAAACUGAACAUGAAAGUGUUAGAUUCUCUGAAAGUUUCUUCAAUGAACGAAUCAAAACUGUUUGAUAUUCCUGAUUUUACUAUUACUAACUUUGAAUAUAUCUUGUCUAAAAUAUAUUCUCGCUCUGUUUUGGCAAAUAUUUUAAGUGAAAAAAUGGAUAACUUAGAUAUAAACAAUCUACUACAAUUUUUGAAGAAUAGGGUAAAUAAUUUCAAUUUUAGUUUUAUUGAUAAUUCGGUAAGUGUCACUACAGGCCCUUCUGCGGAGAUUCUUCUUUCCACUGCAUCUAUUUCGACUGAAACUGUUUCAGCAGAUAAGAUUCAAAUGAAUAACUUUCUUAUGGAAUCAGAUAACACUCUGUGUAAAUUUAUUCCUAUUAAAAAGAAGUUACUGUAUGAAAAGCUAAAUGUUACUAGAAAAGUUGCAGAAGAAGUGAUCCUGGAUUACUUAUUCCGUUUACUUUUGAAGAAAGUACAUGAAUAUGUUCUGGAAUGA